CCAUCAGAUGAAGAAGUUAUUAGGAGACGUGGAGAGGAGAGGAGAGGAGAGGAAACCAUAUGGAACCCUGAGGCAGCAGAAAAACCAAAACCAAAUCAGGACAUGGAAUGGAAAUGGAAUGAAAUUCUUGCUUUUUUUUUUUUUUUAUUCCGGACCUUCAUCCGAAACUUCUAUCUUACGCCAUUAUCAUCACGCCCACACAUUAUACCCUUUUUUUACUCUACUUCAACCCCCGUGUGCGUGUAUGUUUAUAUUCUAUUUUAUAUCCCUCUAUUCUUUCUCCAAGAGCAAGAGCAGGCGUGCUUUCUCCUUUUUUGUGUGCUUUUUUUUUUUCUAUAUCUUAUUUUAACCUGUUCCCUCGGGGCAUGGCCUGAACCCUACCUACCUAACGACAGUAUGGUUUCCUUUUUUUCUUUUUUUUUUUUUUUGUAUAUAUAAUUUUUUAUCUCUCGAUAACCUUUUUUUGUUUUAUGAUCAUCUUAC